AUGAUAACCUUCAAGGCCAUAGUAUUUGGCCUUCUAUGCAUUCGAACCUUUGCAUUCGAUGCGAUAAUCUGGUCAAAUGACCCUAAGAAUCUGUAAGUUCUAUGACGACGAUUCGAAUAUUAUUUUACAGCGAAAAGAAUAUCAAUGAAUUAGUUUCCUCGAGAAGUCCAGACCGAAGAAUCUAUUUGAUUGGUCUUGAAGACUUCAAUUUGGAUAAUCUGGACAAAGAUGCGGAUGAAUCUAGCAUUCUGAAUGCUGCCGCCAAUGGAGAACACAAGGAAUUGCAUAAUUUUGAGGGUGUCAAUGUAAGGAGUAUAUAUAUUUUGGUUUUAUUCUUUAGAUUCCGCAAGAUAAUCGACAUGUUGAGUAUAUUGAAGCGAUGUUGGAUACUUUGGACUCAAUCAAGUCUUUCAAAGGGGACUUUGUGGCCAUCUUGUCGGAGCCUGAAGCUUUCAAAGUGACUAAAAGAGUAAAGAGAGUUGGAAUUAUUCAAGACGAUGAGCAGGAAGAGGAGGAAGAAGAACGUCCAAGGUAGUGGUUUUUAUACCGUUUAUAUUUGCCGGAUAUUUAGAGGAAGUUCAAAGUCCAAAUCUAAGUCUCGGUUCCGAGGGUCAGAGGGAGUUGAUCUCAAAUUGCCUGUGAUCCUUCCUCCUUACGAUUCAAAGGCCGCCAAUCCAAAACGCCCUGAACCGGAAUGGGGAUCAUGCUUGUUGUACAUGGAAAGUUUGAGUGUCUAUGUUUUUGAUGCCACGAGAACUCGAGAUAUUCUUGGGAUUGGAGUAACAAUUGAUAGUGAUAGUGGAAACAAAUUCUCAUUCAGCGAUGAACAUGUGAAAUGCGAUGACGAACAAGGUGAAUAUGAGUAAGUCGUCAUGUUUUGAAGAUUUAUUUUUGUCUAGGUUUACAAUUGUGGUAACGCCAUCCAAGCCAUUGCCAGCGAUCAGAGCCGGGAAGGAUAAGAAGCCUUAUUUUACGUUUGAUCAGACGCUUUCAUUAACGUAAGAAUUAAAAAUAGUCUUGUUUUAUUUCGAAUUUUAGGCUAAAGAUCAAACGGCUCAAUUACGAAUGGGCUUUAGUCGCGAUUGAUCUUAAUGAUGACAUUAGAAUCAAGAAAGAGCAACAAGAUUGGCUUAAUUCAUCGGUUUCUAUCAAACCUCAACGGGCGACCGACUUAUCGGUCCGAGAUUUGGGUGUUAGAGCCUCUGGCAAUUACAAUUUCGGAUGUUCGCAGACUCAGGCAGCGGUUUUCAACACGAACAAAAAAGAAUACGACUUCGGAGUUGUCUUUGGAAAUAUCCAAAUUCAAACUACGGGUGUGUUCGUUGGACCCAAGGACGAUAAGAUUGUAAGGUUCGGCCCUUACACGAACGACUGUAUUGGAACUUUCUCGGUGGGAUCUUGGAUGGGAAUUAUAGUGACAGUUCUGUUAGUUGGAUGUCUUACUUUGGCCUUCUUGAUGUUGAAUUCGGUGAAAACAAUCGAUCGAUUUGACGAUCCCAAGAGAAAGCAAAUCGUAAUUAAUGUAAGGGAGUAGCCUAUAAGAUAGAUAGCCUUCGGUGUCUUCUCUUUUGGCCAUCUUUAGAUCUCUUUUGCCAUAAUCUGCUUUCAGGAAAGUUCGUCUAACACAAAGUCUUAG